AACUACCGCCGCUAUCUCCACCGCCAACCACCGUUAACUCUCCGUCUAUUCUCCAAACUAAAACCAUGGCUGCUUCCACAAUGGCUCUUUCUUCUACCUCCUUCGCCGGAAAGGCGGUCAAGCUCUCGCCGUCCACUGCGGAGGUCGCCGGAAACGCGAAGUUUACCAUGAGGAAGACCGUGGCGAAGCCCGUUUCAUCUGGCAGCCCGUGGUACGGCCCGGACAGGGUUAAGUACUUGGGCCCAUUCUCCGGCGAGCCCCCGAGCUACCUCACCGGCGAGUUCCCCGGCGACUACGGGUGGGACACCGCCGGGCUUUCGGCCGACCCCGAGACUUUCGCCAAGAACCGUGAGCUGGAGGUGAUCCACUGCAGAUGGGCUAUGCUCGGCGCUCUCGGCUGCGUCUUCCCGGAGCUUUUGUCCCGGAACGGCGUGAAGUUCGGCGAGGCCGUGUGGUUCAAGGCCGGAGCUCAGAUCUUCAGCGAGGGAGGACUGGACUAUCUGGGAAACCCAAGCUUGGUCCACGCCCAAAGCAUCCUGGCAAUCUGGGCAUGCCAAGUGGUGUUGAUGGGCGCCGUGGAGGGCUACCGCAUCGCCGGCGGGCCGCUCGGAGAGAUCACCGACCCGCUCUACCCCGGCGGCAGCUUCGACCCAUUGGGGCUGGCCGACGACCCGGAAGCUUUUGCUGAGCUGAAGGUGAAGGAGAUCAAGAACGGAAGGCUCGCCAUGUUCUCAAUGUUUGGGUUCUUUGUUCAGGCCAUUGUCACCGGAAAAGGGCCGUUGGAAAACCUCGCCGACCACCUUGCCGACCCAGUCAACAACAAUGCCUGGGCAUAUGCCACAAACUUCGUUCCUGGAAAGUGAAUGUAAAAUGUGAUUGAGAGUGGUAACCCUAAAGGUGUUAUCCAUAUAUGUAUCAUGUGAAAUGGAUUGAAGUAAUGUGAGCAUGUAAACUUUUUCUUUUUUUUUGCCCAAUUGAUUCAAAUCUUUAUUC